CCUUGAACGCCAAGCACAGAUAUUCGUCCGGCCAAGAAUCUCUCGCUAUCCUUGAGGCAUAUCGUGUUAUGUCCGUAUAGACGGGCAUAAGCUUCGCGCAAAAAGACGGGGACGACGACCGGAAGAUGCGUGGUAUAAAAGGUCGUCGAGCUCGUUGAUCGACUAUCCACCAUCCGAGCAUCCUACUCUUACCACUGCACCAGACUACUACCCCGCUUUCAACUCUAUACCCAAACUUAGGAAGAACUUCCCUAUGUCCGCCGUCAUUGCUGUCGCAGGAGGCUCCGGUGGCCUUGGCCGGGCCAUCGUCGAUGUGCUGAAAGCCGACAGUCGGUAUGAAGUGGUGAUCUUGGCUCGUAAAGUACGCCCCCUUCGUCCCCUGUCAUGUCCCGACGACCAUUUCGCAUAGGACUAAUGACCGUCAUGUAGGCCAAUCCCACGCUUGAAGAAGAAACGGGCGUCCGGGUCCUCGCCACCGACUACUCCAACCCAGACUCAAUGGUAAACAUGCUCGAGGAGAACAAGAU